AUGCUGUUGCAAAGGCGAUCUUUGCGUUCACGUUUGGAUUUAUUGCGGGGUGAGUGUGCGGUGCAGAAACGUGUGCUCGACAGUCAGCAGCGGCAGGUUGAGUAUGCCGGGGGAGUUCCGCGUGAAUUUGCCCUUGGCGAUAAGGUUUGGGCGAGAGACUUCGGCAGUAAUGAUAAAUGGGUAAAGGGCGUCAUAGAACAAAAAGAGGGCUCGCGAAGAUACAUUCUCGGCAACGGGGUAGCUUCUGCAACGGAGAGAAACAAGGAAGCUGAGGAAGCGGAGGGCAGCGAUGAUACGCCAGGAGAUACUCCGGUUGUCAGCGAUGCGGUUAUCAGAAGCUCCCACUCCUCCACAUUUAUCACCACCGGUGACCCGUCCCAAGCGAAUCCG